CGCAUGGUGGCGAUUUCACACCUUUAUCCAAGUCCGGUGGUCUCACGCGGUCUGUUGGCACUUUACGCUUCACCUACCACUCCUUCACCUCACUGUACCAAUGUUAAGGCUCAUCUGAAACAGCCUGAUGAUCAGCAUGUAUCGGCGUUUAAAUGUGUUGAUCUUGACAUGCAUUCAUCUGUUCCCGGGUGUCCAAGUGUCCGGGCAAACGGACCCCAUCUUCAAACUAGAAAAAGUGUCAGGGAAACUUGUAUUCUACCAGAAUGAAGGAAACUCGACGUUGGUUCGUGACACCGGAGAGCUCGCCUCAUCUGUCCAGACCGUCGCCAUGUUCCAGAUCUUCGACCCAGAACAAACCUUGGUCCAAACGAAGCUCACCUACACGUGGGACUUUGGGAACGGGGAGGUGAUCGAAGGAACCGAGCCUGUGGCUCGCUACAACUACACAGAAUCUGGGAACUAUACUCUGCGGCUGCAAGUGGGGGCCAACAUGACCAAACAAGAAGUACCGAUAGCUGGAGAUUACUCGAUGGAUUUAAAAGUUCUUGACGCAAUCAGCAAAAUUGAGAUGGAAGGGCAUUCUAGUUACCAUGUGGCCGAGAAUGUCAGCAUGUUCUUUCAUGUUGAUGGGAGCCCCCCCAUGUGGGUGUGCUGGCAGGUGGUCCCAGACUGCAGGUCCAUGACCCCGUCGGUCUGCACUCGGUCGGUGCUGUACAGCCACAUGCUGCGUCUGAACCACACCUUCGCCUCCAGUGGCCUCCACUGCCUGGACAUCAGCGUUCAGAACGACAUCAGCAGCCUGCACUCCUCCUUCAGCGUCUACGUGGGGAGGGGCCGUAACACCAACCUAUUCUUCAUAAUGUCCUGUCUGGCAGUGCUUGCGGCUACCUUCUCCUUCAUUGGCAUCAUCGCCUGUCGCCCGCGUCACCCAAACCUGCUCCAGGUGGGACGCUCCAGCAGUGCUUUGUUCCUAAACGAUGAGGAUGGAAGCCAAGUUAAACUAAGCUUCUCUGGACUGGAGAGAGGAGAGAGCCAGCCUCUCAUUCUUCGACAUGGGCUUAUGGUGUGUUCCUGAAUCCUCGAAGGCCAGACUUCCGAGUCGAAAGUCGAAGAUCUCCAAGCUUUCUCGAAGGCACUCCCCCUUUUUGUCUUCACCUUUCGAAAAUUUGAGAGUAGACCGAGGGCAGUGAUGACGCUCUCAACAAAAUGGCUGCGCCCAUAACGAGAUUUUUUU